UUAUUACAGUACAUUAUUCAACAUUACUGAGAGCGUAGUGUAUGUAUGAAUAAAAAAAUGUUAGAAACAGUUAUAAUUUCAUAACUUAAUUGUCUUAUUUGUAUAUUCGAACAUACUAUAUUUUAAAUGCUAUCAAUAAAACGCCUUCCGACAUUAUCGGCAUUAAAAUUUCAGUCAAAAAUACAAUUGAGAAAAAAUGGAGUUGUCGAAACGGAGCUUAAUAAACAGUGUUCAACAAAUUUUGUUAAUUUGUGUAAAACAUUAUCACUGUUGCACAACAUAACGAAUAAAUCCAGACACCCACAAUUAAAACAGUUCAAUGCAGAAUUUAAAGCAGCCUCAUCUUUACUAAGAAGAUCAAAUCUGCCCGACCUAAGCUCAAUCAUUAAUAGCACAAAUGUUAGAAAUCUUCAUACAAGCUCAUCCAGGAAUAACAACCAGGAAAAUAAAAAUGAUAAGGACCAAAAAAAAAAGGAAAAUGAAAAUGCUAAUAUACCAUCGCUUGUAAUGAAAGCAUUAUUUUGGAUGCUAACAACAUUCACACUUAUAAUCCUAAGUUCAUUCCUUCUGCCUGGAGAUAAUACACAAAAUGAGCUCAUACGGUACGUGUCAUGGAACGAGUUUGUCUAUUCAAUGUUAUCAAAAGGUGAAGUGGAAGAAAUAGUAGUUCGACCAGACUUAGAAAUAGUCACCAUUAUUCUAUAUGAAGGUGCAGUUAUUAAAGGAAAGAAGACAACACACCGGGUCUAUCACAUGAACGUCGGCAACAUACACCGCUUCGAAGAGAAACUGCGUGAGACUGAACAAAGUAUUGGCGUUAAAGAAGGUGUUCGCGUAAUUUACGAUAGAAACGGCAGCGUUGCUGGUAAAAUCUUCACUACACUGCUGAUCGCGGCUGUCAUAUUAUCAUUCUUGUAUUCUACGAAGACAAUGAAGAUGAAUAUUAAUAUAGGCGGAUUUAGCCAGUUGAGACGUGCGAAGUUUACCCUCGUGGACUCGAUGAGCGGGCAAGGCAAAGGAGUGAAGUUUGAGGAUGUAGCUGGUCUAAAGGAAGCUAAGAUUGAGGUUAUGGAGUUUGUAGACUAUUUGAAGCGACCCGAGCAUUACAAGAGUCUUGGGGCCAAGGUACCAAGAGGAGCUCUACUACUUGGACCACCGGGCUGUGGUAAGACAUUGCUAGCUAAGGCAGUGGCCACUGAAUCUAAUGUACCGUUCCUUUCUAUGAAUGGUUCAGAAUUCAUUGAAAUGAUUGGUGGACUUGGUGCAGCAAGAGUCAGGGACUUAUUCAAAGAGGCAAGUUCCCGCGCUCCUUGCAUCAUCUACAUCGACGAGAUGGAUGCAGUUGGUAGAGCUCGAUCUACUGGCGCUUCGUCGUUUGGCCCGGGUGGUGGGGAGGGAGAACAGACCCUGAAUCAACUUCUAGUUGAGAUGGAUGGCAUGAAGAGCCGUGAAGGAGUCGUUGUAUUGGCUUCUACGAAUCGUGCCGAUGUUCUUGAUAAGGCCUUGCUUCGUCCCGGUCGUUUCGACAGGCACAUACUGAUCGACCUACCGACUCUACAAGAACGGGAGGAAAUAUUCGAUAGACAUCUAAAGAACAUCGUUUUGGAUAAAUUACCGCCAUACUAUGUUAAACGACUGGCCUAUUUGACGCCCGGCUUCAGUGGUGCGGAUAUAGCAAACGUAUGCAAUGAGGCGGCACUUCAUGCGGCGAGAUAUAAACAGAACAUCGUCAAAGCGGCCGACCUGGAAUACGCUGUCGAACGAGUUGUCGGUGGGACGGAAAAACGUAGCCACGCGAUGUCACCAGCGGAGAAGAAGAUAGUGGCAUACCAUGAGUCCGGCCACGCUCUAGUUGGAUGGCUGCUUGAACACACGGACGCACUCCUGAAGGUCACGAUAGUACCCCGGACUAAUAAAGCGCUUGGGUUCGCUCAAUACACCACCUCAGAUCAAAAGUUGUAUUCGAAGGAAGAGCUCUUUGACCGCAUGUGUAUGGCGCUGGGAGGACGGGCCGCCGAAGCCAUCACUUUCAACUCAAUAACUACGGGCGCACAGAACGACCUAGAGAAAGUCACGAAAAUCGCCUACGCCCAGGUGCGUGUCUUCGGAAUGUCUCCAAGCGUAGGUUUGGUUUCGUUCCCGGACCUGAAGGAUCGGGAGAAGAGUCCUUUCAGUAAAGCUCUGAAAAAUCUUAUUGAUAUGGAAUCGAAGAAACUAAUCGCAAAAGCUUAUUAUAGAACCGAAGAAGUGCUGAGGCAAAACAAAGACAAACUUAAAACGCUUGCCGAAGAGUUGAUAAAGAAGGAGACGCUUAACUUCAAGGAUGUUGAACGUAUCCUGGGCCCUCCACCAUAUCCGAGGAAGAAAUUCAUCGAUCCCAUUGAAUUUGAGAAUAACUUGAGGAGUAUGGAGAACUCAGCAAAGGCUGAUGACAGUGGACCGGUUGGGGCACCUUCAGCGAAACCGAGCCCCCAACCCGAAAUGUAGAUUUUUAUUGUUGUUUUGUUUGUAAGAAUACUAAUCUUAUAUCGAAUAUAGAAUGAGAAAUUA